AUGAAUUUUCAACCUUUCUUUGUUUCUUUGUUUUUUUCUCCAAUUCACAUUGGAACUUGUGAAUUGAAAUUGAAUGUGAAUUGGAAAAUACAAGUAGGAUGUUGGUUUGGAACGAGAGUGAGGACAAAACUUUUUCUUGAUGCAUGUAUCCAUGAACUAACCACUAAUGGUCGUGAGGGUUCUGGGCUUAAGGCAAGUUCAUGGAAGACAAUACGCGAAAAAUUGAUAAACGAACACGGUAAAGAGGUUGAUCAGAAGCAAAUGAGAAACCACUUUGACUACUACAAAUCAAAGUAUAUUGCUUGGGUGAAACUCAAAAACAAAACCGGCAAUAUAUAUGAUCCUACAAAAAAUAAAUUUAAUUUGACCGAUGAACAAUGGAAAGAAGAGGGGAAGUUGAACAAGUUUGUGUUGUCACUGAAAACUAAACCCCUAUUGUUCCCUGAUCUUUGCACCAAACUAUUUGAAGGGUCGACAUCAACCGGAUUUCAAAGUUGGGGUCCAUCUUCUACACUCCCUCGUCCUGUAGAAGUGUUUAGUCCCCAUGAUUUUGAUGAUGAUGUUCCAAUGGAAACCUCAACACAACACGUAGGUGCAAGUGAAUAA